AUGGACAUGGAGGAGGCCAUAACAAGAGCCAUGAAAUGGAUCACAGAGGAGGAAGACAAGGAAGCCAUGGAUGACAAGGGGAGUGUAACACCCAGUGCGUUUAGCACAUCAGGCACAACUUCUGGUGGGACCAGUAUAACCUCCAGCACUAAAUCCAGCACAGCCUCUGGUGGAACCAAUACAAUCUCCAACACUGGAUCUAGUGUGAUUUCUAGUGGAACAAGUAUAGCCUCUAGUACUGUAUCCAGCACAACCUCUGGAGGGAACAGCACAGUCGCUAAUACUGGAUCGAGCACAACAUCUGGUGGGACCAGUAUAGUCUUCAACACUGGAUCUAGUGUGACUUCUAGUGAAACCAAUAUAGCCUCCAGUACUAGAUCCAGCACAACCUCUGGAGGGACCAGCAUAGCUGUCAAUACUGGAUCCAGCACAACAUCUGAUGGGACCAGUACAGCUUCCAACACUGAAUCCAGUGUGACCUACAGUAGUUCCAGCACAACCUCCAAUACCGAAACUAGCACACCCUCUGUAGGGACCAGCAUACCUGUCAACACUGGAUCCAGCACAACCUCUGGCAGAACUAGUACAUCCUCCCAAACUAGACCCAGUGUGACUUCCAGUGGGUCUGGCAUAACCUCCAAUACUGAAUCUAGCACAACCUCCAGAGGGAGUAGUACACCUGUUAACAGUGGAUCCAGUGAAGCCUCAGGUGGGACCAAUAUAGCCUCCAACACUGGAUCCAGCACAACUUCUGGUGGGACCAGCAUGCCUGCUAAUACUGGAUCCAGUACAACCUCCAGUGGGAUAAGCACAGCUGCCAGUCCUGGAUCCGGUGAGAUCUCCAGCAGGACCAGUGUAGCCUCCAACACUGGAUCUAGUGUGACUUCCAGUGGGACCAGCACAGCUGCCAACAUUGUAUCCAGUGCAACCACAGGAAGCUCUGGCACACAUUCUCCAACUGGAACACACACAACAUCCAAUGGCACGAGUGCUACAACUCCAGUGAAUGAAGUGACACCCAGUGGGUCCCUGAAACCAUGGGAAAUCUUCCUCAUUACUCUGGUCUCUGUUGUAGUGGCUGUGGGAUUCUUUGCUGGGCUCUUCCUCUGUGUGAGAUAUUCCCUGUCUCUGAGAAACGUCUUUGACACAGCUGUCUACCGUCCCCAUGGCCCCAACCUUGGCAUGGACCCUGAAGGGUAUCACGGAGUCCACUACAGCUCUAGUUGGAGGCCUAACUGGUUCUGGAGGAGACCAGUAUCCUCAAUAGCCAUGGAGAUGAGAAGGAGAUACAAUGGGCCCUGA